AUGUUAAGACCUAAUUUUACUUUGAAUUGUUGCAAAAUAUUGGAUUUCUACGGUAGCGUACAUGCUGAAGAAGAAUCAGAUAGAAUUGACAAACGCAUCAGAAAAAGGAACAAAAAAGUUUUGAAGCCUUUAGUGCAAAAGAUUCUUCUUCUCGGUACCGGUGAAAGUGGAAAAAGCACUUUCCUUAAGCAGAUGCGUAUUAUCACUGGGAAGUCCUUUACAAAUUUUGAAUUGGAAACAUUCAAGUCGGUUAUCUAUGACAAUAUCUACAAAGGUGUAUUGUACCUACUUCAACUUAAGGAACAAUUCAAACUAAUAGACUUUUUUUUCAAUUUAGCCGAAUGCAGUACUUCAUUAACAAAAACAAAAAAAAGUAAUUAUAUGCUAUCGGUCCUUGUAUCUAAGGUGUACAUGAAUCCUUCGGAGCUAUUUGCGACUAAACUGCUGCUUCCACCAACGAAUCAGUUUACCAGUAAAGAUGACAUCCUUCCUCUUUCGAAUAUUUCAAGCCUUGGCAAAGGAGAUGAAAUUUAUUUUCCGUCCUCACUUUCUUCAGCACCGUAG